CCGAGAAGCCCGACUGCAAAGAAUCGGGGGGGAGAUUUUGUUUUAUAUAUGGUAAUAUUUUCAAGAUGCCAAUUAGGUAGAAACUUUCCAUUUCUAUGAUUCCCAAAUGGGAUAUUUUAGAAUCUAAUGAAAUCCCCAUUCCUUAUUGCUUCUAGGUCACUGAAAUAAAGAAUAAAGUCCUUCGGAUGAAAGAACAAAAAUCACUUUCCUUUUUUCAAGAAUUUUUUUAUUAAGGAAUCCUUUUCAAAUAGUAUGUUCUGGUUUUCUUUUUUAUUGAUUUAGAUAAUCAACUAAUAAAGUAAUAAAGAUUGGAUUAUAAGUUCUUUUUGUGAAAAUAGGCUAAAUUCAUUUUUAGUUUAGACGGAUAACUUCAGAACAAGUCGAUGAAGCUUUUGCAACACAACAAUGAUUCAAAGGAGUCAUUUUUAAACUUAGCUAUCUCUUUGGCAAAAAUAACAAAAUUAGAAAUUGAAAAUAAAAAAAAAAAAUGAAUGUUUUUAUUAUAAUCUUCCAAUCAAACCGAAACUCUAAAGUAAAUUUAAAAGAAAUGUAAGGAGUCUGAAUAUGAAAAUAAGAGCUUCUGUUCGUAAAAUUUGUGACAGAUGUCGAUUAAUACGGAGAAGGGGACGACUUAUAGUAAUUUGUUCCAAUCCCAGACAUAAACAACGACAGGGAUAAUAAGACUUCGCAACUUAACUUAGUAACUAAACCAAUUAUAGAAAUGAAAGAAUCGUGAAAUGGAUAUAUCCAUAUAGUAUAUCGCUGACUCAGAUUUACAAAAUGCUUAAUGGUAAAAUAUAUAUCGAGAAUUAGUUCGCGUAGGAAGGGGGGACGUAUUGGUUCACGUCAGAAUGCACGUAGAAUACCAAAAGGAGUAAUUCAUGUUCAAGCCAGUUUCCAUAAUACCAUAGUGACUGUUACAGAUGUACAGGGACGGGUAGUUUCUUGGUCCUCUGCCGGUACUUCUGGAUUCAAAGGAACCAGAAGAGGAACACCUUUCGCUGCUCAAACCGCGGUAAUAAAUGCUCUUCGUAAAGUAGUGAAUCGAGGUAUGCUACGAGCCGAAGUAUUUAUAAAAGGUCCCGGUCUCGGAAGAGAUGCAGUAUUACGAGCUAUUCAUAGAAGCGGUAUAUUAUUAACUUUUAUAAGGGAUGUAACCCCUAUGCCACACAAUGGCUGUAGACCCCCCAAAAAACGACGUGUGUAGAAAUCAAAAGUGAACCUAUAUCAAGAGAAAUAGAAGAUUCACUAAUAUACUAAAUCAAAAUUUUUAUGGUUCGAGAGAAAGUAGCAGUAUCUACUCGGACACUACAGUGGAAAUGUGUUGAAUCAAGAAUAGACAGUAAACGCCUUUUUUUAUGGCCGCUUUAUUCUAUCUCCACUUAUAAAAGGUCAAGCCGAUACAAUAGGAAUUGCGAUGCGAAGAGCUUUGCUGGGAGAAAUAGAAGGGACAUGUAUCACACGUGUAAAAUCUGAGAAAGCCUCGCAUGAGUAUUCUACCAUAGGGGGGAUUCAAGAAUCGGUACAUGAGAUUUUAAUGAAUUUGAAAGAAAUUGUAUUGAGGAGCAAUCUAUAUGAAAGUUGUGAUGCGUCUAUUUGUAUCAAGGGACCUCGACAUGUAACUGCCCAAGAUAUAAUAUUACCCCCCCAUGUACAAAUUGUUGAUAACACACAACAUAUAGCUUGGUUGACGGAACCUAUUGAUUUUUUUAUUGGAUUAAAAAUAGAGAGAAAUCGCGGAUAUUUCAACAAAGUGGACCUUCACUUUGACGAUGGAAGUUAUCCUAUAGAUGCUCUCUUCAUGCCGGUUCAAAAUGCAAAUCAUAGUAUUCAUUCUUAUGGGAAUGAAAAACAAGAGAUACUUUUUUUGGAAAUAUGGACAAAUGGAAGUUUAACACCAAAAGAAGCACUUCAUGAAUCCGCC